AUGGCUUUCCCUCCUUGUAUGAUCACCUGGAUAAAGGCUUGUAUCACGAGCCCUUCUUUCUCGAUUUGUAUUAAUGGGAGCCUUCAGGGGUAUUUUAAAGGGGCUAGGGGGUCAAGACAAGGGGACCCUAUGUCCCCGUAUCUCUUUGUGUUGGCUAUGGAGAUUCUUGCUAGGAUAUUGGCUGAGAAAUCUAGGAGCCCUUUGUUCAAAUUCCACUGGAGAUGUGAGAAAACUAAAAUUGUCAACCUCUGUGUUGCUGAUGAUUUGAUGAUCUUUAGCAAAGGGGACCCUGGUACUGUUACUCAUAUCAUGCAGGGAUUGGAGCAAUUUAGGAAUCUGUCGAGCCUUACCCCUAAUCCUAGUAAGAGUAAUAUUUUUUUCUCGGGGUGCAGUAGAGAGCUUAGAGAGGAUAUUCUUCAGAUUGCCAAUUUUGCUGAGGGCUCCCUCCCGGUGAAAUACCUUGGUGUGCCUUUAAUCACUACUAAGCUUAAAGUGUCUGAUUGCCAUGUUCUAGUUGAGAGAAUUACCAUGAGGAUUAAAAGUUGGAUCAAUAAACUGCUUUCUUAUGCUGGUAGAGCCCAACUCAUCCAACAUAAAAAUAAGGGUGGCCUUGGUUUUAAGGACUUGGAAAUCUGGAACAAGGCUGCUAUAGCCAAGCAUGUUUGGUACUUGUUUUCUGGUGGGGAUUGUUCUAUGUGGUGCCAAUGGGUUAGGUCUUACUUGCUCAAAGGUAGGAGUUUUUGGUCCGUUAAGAUUCCUAGUGAUCCUUCAUGGGUUUGGAGGAAAAUCCUGUCACUCAGGCAUUUAAUCUAUCCUCUCAUCAAAUUCAAAAUUGGUAAUGGGGAAAAUGUGUUUCUUUGGAUUUGGGGAGGUAUUCUAGCCAAGUGCAAUUCUAAUUGGCCUUCUUUGCCUUGGUUGGAAAUUGUUGAUUUUGCUAUUAGAUCCACCAGUGGUAAUUCCUUGAAAGUGGUGAUUCUGAAAUUGUCUUUUCUUUGCACUGUCUACCACAUUUGGAUGGAGAGGAAUAGUAGAAUCUUUAGUAAGGUCCUUAAACCUGAAGAGGUUGUUACUAACUCUAUUAUCCAAAUGGUUAGGGGUAGGCUUCUUUUAAUGGAAAAUGCUAAAACUUCUGCAGGUGAUAAUUGGUUUUUGGAGAAAUGGAACUUACCUUACAAGAUCAUGCAGCAGCACCAUGCUAUUGCAGAUGGCAGAAGAAUGAAUGGUGUUUCUAUCAGUGCUUUCCCACUCUUAUCAGUGCAGUUACAGGAGGCUGCUGCCAGUGUGUUUAUCUUAUGGUGUGGAGGGGUGGUGGCUGCUUGUUGUACAGCUCAGGAGGCAGCUGGAAGGGUGUAUAUGUACCGUGGUGAUGGCUGCUUCAAGCGCCUUGCUGUGCCUACCCCUACGGGUUGUGUAAGGAAUCGUUGCUGCGGUGGUGCGAUGUUGGCUGCUGGCUUUGCUAUUUGUACAAAGUCCCUAUCCAUUACAGGAUAUGGCUUUUGUACAAACCGAUUGGCUAGUAAUCAUCCUCUACUUUCUUGA